UUUUGGAAAACGGCAACCCAAAAGAAUGACUAAGCCCAAUAGAAAGGGACAGCGUUGUGGUGUGGGGACAAUGUUGCGUGAUGAAAGAAAGGUUGGGCAGAGGCAGACAUCAUGUGAAUGUCACCUCAUCCAUCCUCCUCCGUUGCAAAACACUCGCCAUAUCACAAACUAUGCCAAGCCAUGGUCCACACCAUACAAUAAUUUCACUGCAUAUAACUGCAUCAUCAAGUUUUUAGGUGAACAGAUAUCAAGUGGUGAACCUUGUAAGACCCUUGGUUUUUGCUGUCCCUCUAUACCAGAGUUGGUCAGAGAUGCUGUUUUUUCUUUGUCAUGUCCCUCCGUCUCAUCAUUUCAAUGUCUCCUUCAGCUCUCUCCUAGCAUAGACACUGCACAAAUGCUACCCAACCUGAGCCCAUCACAAUCUCUGACUUAUGACAACUAA